CCCCCGCUCUCUCUCUCUCUCUCUACAAAACACAACAAUGUGCCAGCGACCUGCCUCUCCUAUCGGCUCCAGAGGCGACCUCGCGAAUGACCCAGAAUCUCACGUGUCUUCACGUUUGAUCUCCAAAAGCCCACCACCACCACCGCAACAACUAAAACAAGCCCAAUACGUCGAAAAAACUCACCUCCGCCUCUUCAUCGAAGAAGCCCGGUCCAUAGCCAAAAUAUCAUUCCCCAUGAUGCUAACGGGGCUACUACUCUACUCCCGGUCCAUGAUCUCCGUGCUCUUCCUCGGCCGCCUCGGCGAGCUCCCCCUGGCAGGCGGGGCCCUCGCCGUUGGCUUUGCUAACAUCACCGGGUACUCGAUCUUAUCGGGCCUGGCUAUGGGCAUGGAGCCCAUUUGUGGCCAGGCCUUUGGCGCCAAAAAGCUCACCCUCCUUGGCAUUUCGUUGCAGAGGACAAUCCUUUUGCUUAUUUUCACUUCGUUUCCGAUAGCUGUUCUCUGGCUUAACAUGAGGAGGAUUCUACUAUUCUGUGGACAAAACGAAUCCAUAGCCGAACAAGCCCAAUUGUACCUCAUUUAUUCAAUUCCUGACCUUUUAGCCCAAUCUUUCCUACAUCCAUUACGGAGUUACCUUAGAACUCAAUCAAUAACUCUGCCCCUAACACUCUGUGCCGCUCUAACCACAAUUCUUCACAUACCCAUCAAUUGUUUCCUUGUUUUUCACCUUCAUCUUGAGAUCAAAGGGGUUGCCCUUGGUGGGGUUUUGUUCAAUUUCAAUCUAGUAGCUUCAUUGAUCAUCUACAUAGUAAUCUCUGGAAUUUACAAGGACACCUGGGGAGGCUUAUCCUUGGAGUGCAUCAGAGGCUGGAAAUCUCUGUUGAGUUUGGCAAUUCCAAGUUGCAUUUCUGUGUGCCUCGAGUGGUGGUGGUACGAGAUCAUGAUUUUUCUAUGUGGGUCGUUAACAAACCCCACAGCCUCAGUUGCUUCAAUGGCGAUUUUGAUCCAAAUCACUUCCCUUAUCUACAUAUUCCCAUCUUCUUUGAGCUUCAGCGUAUCGACACGUGUCGGAAACGAACUCGGGGCUGGUCAUUCCAAGAAGGCGAAGUGGGCUGCCAAGGUUGGACUCUGUUUUAGCUUCAUUUUGGGAUUUUCAGCUUUGGUUUUCACACUAGUGGUGAGGAAAAUGUGGGCUAAAAUGUUCACAAAUGAUAGAGACAUUAUUGCUCUAACCUCACUUGUGUUGCCAAUAAUUGGGUUAUGUGAGCUUGGGAAUUGCCCACAAACAACUGGGUGUGGGGCUUUGAGGGGGACAGCUAGGCCAAAGGCCGGUGCACAUAUCAACUUGGGUUGCUUCUACUUGGUUGGGAUGCCGGUUGCGAUCGGGUUGGGGUUCUGGGCCCGCCUUGACUUUUUGGGAUUGUGGCUGGGUCUGCUGGCGGCCCAGGGCUCGUGUGCGGCGACGAUGAUGGUGGUUUUGGGUCGAACGGACUGGGAGGUUCAGGCACAGAGAGCUAAGAUGCUAACCGGAGAUGCCGGACUCGUAGAUGGUAGGGAAGAAAAUGAGAAAGAUAAUACGGCAGUUGAAGGAGAUAUCAAGGAGAACUUUUCUUCUUGUCCAUAUGGAAAUUGUGUUUAGGAUGAUAAACAAUUCCGGGGCGAAGUUAAGGAAAAUGAAACAUGUUUUCUUUUAUCCGUUCAUUUUUUAUAUGUUUAUAUAAGAAAGUCGAAUAUUAGUACUCGGUAAUAUAUUGUUAACUAAUUAUGUAGAGACUAGUAUAGAAAUAAGAUCCCCGUUAGAUCUUAUUUUGUCAGGCAAGUUUUGAGAAAAAACUAUCCUUAUCAUAGUUGAAAAGUUAGAGAUAGCGGUCCUACAAUUUUCGUAUUCACCGAAGACAUUAAAC